GUUUCUUCAGGAGCCCUGCUCUGGAAUGUGUGCAAGUUGGGAAAAGACUUCACCGAUAACUCUACACUUACAAAGCCACUGAGUGGUACAGAAAAUACAGAAGACAACCCUGAAACAAAUGAAGUAAAGAGUUAAUGAAUCCUCCAAGAAGCUUUAAGUUUGCACAGAGAAAUCAGAGAGGGGAGUUUCACCAGUACAUUUCUCUGACCAAACCCACAGAUAAAGAUUAACUGAAAGUCUUCAGGGACAGCAAACAGAACAAUGUUACUGUGAGGCCAAGUGUUGUUUUGCCAUUUGUUCUCUGUAUGUUACCAUGGAGUACAAGUGCUGCUUGUGGGUACAAGAAGAAAUAACCUUAUAUUCGUACCCUACAUUUAUCUCGGACACAUCCUGAAGUUUAAACAGUUCAUAGUGCUCUUCUUUUGUACUGGACCAUUCCACUGCUUUCUUAAUGGAAAUCCCUCCAUCUGGGGACACUCCACUGACACCUUUGUUUAAGACCCGCUGCAGAGAUUUCCGAGAUGAUCCCCCCAAAGGAGAUUUCCCUCUUCGGAAAAAAUCCCCGAAACUCUGUGGCUCCAACUACCCUCUGAGCAUUGCCUUCAUUGUGGUGAAUGAGUUCUGUGAGCGCUUCUCCUACUAUGGCAUGCGAGCUGUCCUGACACUGUAUUUCUUGAGCUUCUUCCACUGGGAUGAGAAUCUCUCCACCGCUGUGUACCAUGCCUUCUCCGCGCUAUGUUAUUUCACACCUGUCAUCGGCGCCAUCAUGGCAGACUCAUGGCUGGGCAAAUACAAGACGAUCAUCUACCUCUCCAUUGUGUAUGUUGUUGGCCAUCUGAUAAAGUCAGUCGGUGCCAUUCCAUCCCUGGGCAACCAGGCGGUUCAUGUGAUCCUGUCUAUGGUUGGUCUGUUUUUGAUCGCCCUUGGAACAGGAGGUAUCAAGCCCUGUGUCUCUGCAUUUGGGGGGGACCAGUUUGAAGAGGAACAUACCUCGGAGAGAAGCAAGUUUUUUUCCAUCUUCUAUUUAUCCAUUAAUGCUGGAAGUUUGAUCUCUACGUUUGUAACUCCUGUAUUAAGAGGGGAUGUGAAAUGUUUUGGAGAGGAUUGUUAUGCACUGGCUUUUGGCGUCCCAGCAGCACUGAUGGUGCUGGCGCUUGUUGUGUUCAUUGCUGGAAGUGGACUGUACAGAAAAACACCACCACAAGGGAACGUCUUACUGGAAGUGUGCAAAUGCAUCGGUUUUGCUAUUAAAAACCGGCUGAAAAACCGCUCCCGUGAGAUUCCAAAGAGGGAUCACUGGCUGGACUGGGCAUCAGAAAAAUACUCGAAACAGCUGAUUGGGGAAGUUAAAAUGGUCACACGUGUUCUCUUCCUCUUCAUACCGCUGCCAAUGUUCUGGGCCCUGUUUGAUCAGCAGGGAUCCAGGUGGACUUUGCAAGCCACAAAAAUGAAUGCUGAUUUUGGAAUAUAUGUCCUUCAGCCUGACCAAAUGCAGUUCUUAAAUCCACUUCUUAUUCUUGUCUUCAUCCCAAUUUUUGACCUUGGGCUCUACCCCCUGAUAGACAUGUGCAAAUUUAAUUUCACACCUAUUAGAAAAAUGGCAACAGGUAUGAUCCUUGCAGGGCUGGCGUUUGGACUUGCAGCUAUUAUAGAAAUCAAAAUAAAUGAAACCGAUAUGCCUCAACUUGUCCCAGAAGAAAGUUUAAUUCGGGUCCUGAAUUUGGCAAAGAACCCUGUUCAAGUGACAAUCCAGGAAAAGGACCUAUUUCAGCAGCCUGUGGAGACUUUUCAGAACCCAGCUGAGUACUCAAAAUUAAUAUUGAAUGGAGAGCAACAGAGCCUUCGCUUCACCCUGCAACAUCAAGGAUUGACUCUUGCUUUUAACUACACCGUGAAGGAAAAAUCAGUAUACAGCUUAAUUGUUUUUGAGGCAGAAGGAAGCCUAUCAAGCCGCUUAAUUACAGACUUGGAAGCAAAGCCAGAAAAUGGUUUGGCAGCUGUUAGAUUCAUUAAUGGUUUGAGCCAAGAUGUCAACCUCACCAUUGAUAGCAGAAAGUUCAUUGCUGUUCAGAAAAACUACAGCCCUUCUGAGUACUCACUGCUGGAGAGGGACAUAUAUAAUAAUGGAAAAUGCAUAACUGAAACAGGAGAGUUCCCCCUGGAGCUGGGGCUGCUCGACUUCGGCGCCUCAUACACCAUUGUGAUAACUAACAUUUCUGGAGGUGCUGUUAAGACAUGGAAGUCAGAAGACAUCAAAGCCAACAAUGUCCAUAUGGCUUGGCAGUUACCACAAUACUUAUUAAUAUCUGCUGGGGAGGUGAUGUUCUCCAUUACAGGCCUGGCCUUCUCCUAUUCUCAGUCUCCAGCCAGCAUGAAGUCGGUGCUGCAGGCAGGCUGGCUGCUCACGGUGGCUGUGGGGAAUACCUUUGUGCUCAUUGUUGCUGAAGCUGCACCAAUGGCACAGUGGGCUGAAUUUGUCUUGUUCACUGUUCUCCUCUUUGCUGUGUGCAUUAUUUUCUCCAUCAUGGGAUAUUUCUAUGUCAGUGUGGAUCCAGAGGACCUAGAAGAAAAGGAAGAGAAGAGAGAGACCUCAAGCAGAGGAAACAUGAUUGGUCUCGUUACUCAGAAAACAAAGCUCUAACACAUGAUGGGUUGGGAUUUUUUUUUAAACUCAGUUAUGAAAGGGUAAAAGAAGGGUGGGGACGGUGUUAUUUUAUUUUAGAACAUUGCAGUCUUUAUUACACAAUAUGUAGCCACCUUAUAAAUGGGACCAAAUAGCCCUCUAUAAAAACAAUGGGGGUCCUGAAAUCAGAGCAAAACUCCCUGGGAAAGCUCCUCUGGUAUUAAAAGCCCUUAUUAGUAAUUACAGUGUAAAUUGAAACCUGCCCAUCUUUUUAAGUGUGGAAUGCUUUCCUAUGAUUUUCUCUUAAACAUAUAUUUAGGGCAGCAGGGAGGAAGGGUGAAAGGAGUGCUGUAUGACAGAAAAAUUCGGAGAUGUCAGGAGAGAAGAAAGAAAACCUAGUAUAGGAGUUAGGGAAGAAUAGAUGUUAGUGACAGAAGAAUUUUUAAUGCUGUCGUCAAGGACUGUAAAGGUUACACACAGUCCCACAGGAUUUCAUCAUGUAACUCUCCCUAUGAGCAUUUCAUCCCAUUAUUGCCUGUUAUGAAUGGUUCUGAUUUAUGAUUUACACCUCCAGCUUGGAAGUAAUAACAGGGAAUUAAAUUCUGCAGGCUAAAAUAUUCCCAAAACACUACUGACAAAGAUAGUCUUGCUACCAUCUCUCCAAUACCCAUUUUUUCCUAGAAGUUUUUAGCAAUUGAUGGUGUUCUUUGAUUAGAUGUGAUUAGAGAAUUGGUUUAUGCUUUCUUAUUUCAGAAUUCUAGACAGUUAUUUGCCAUCUUCCUAUACAUUAAGCCAUUACUGGGCAUUUCCUUUUACAGCAUCUGUCACUGCAAGUUAGGAUGUGGUUGAUUUCUUAUCUCAUACUUCAGUUAUUCCCUACUGGGAGACAAGUUGCAGUAGUUUCUAUAAAAUUCCAGGCAUCCUGCGGUGAGUUAAACAAGGAUGCACUUUAUCAUUUUUUCAGUCUACAAGAGGAGGCCAUGGCAUAUGAGAUUUUUCUUUUUCAUCCUCGUUUUUAUGUCUCUACCAAAUUUUAGAUAUAGCUAUUUUACUGGAAUAGUGAUACAAUUGUUUGAUUUUCCUCGAUUGCGUGAAGCUGUGAUUUUAUGUUCUGCAUGGAAGUAAUUCAGCCAUUGCUGAUCUAGUAAAACUCCUGAGAGAAACCCUGCCUUCCUCUAUCACUCCAAGACUGCAGUUGUAACAGGUAUGGCCUAAUUUAAAACCAGGUUGUCAGUAGGAUCUUCAGGUUCACAGAGAAUAGAUUUUAAAUUAUGCUUUCCUCUUCCACCUUGGCAUUGGGCAUAGGUGGUUGCUAAUACUUUGAUUCAGGAGAUCACGAAAUACAUGUUUAAUUUCAUUCCUGUUCAGGACAGUGCUAGGAAAUACACUUAAUUUCAGUGCUCCUUUAAUGUGCUGCCAUGUGUGUGUAUGUCUUGUGCAAGACUGAGAAAACACCCCUUUCUGGUUUCUAGCUGGAAGACUCACAGCCUACGAUUGUUUCCCCACCUUCUUAUUCUAAAUGGAAUUCCACCACUAGUUCUGCACAAGCUCCUGCCCACUGUGAAAUAGCAUCCAGGUCCUCUGCCAGAGGGGGAUCAUGAUCUCAGAUAAAUGGCAGCAGGCUGUGGGUGUGCACACAGGAACACUUGAUGUGGUUCAGUCAAUGCAGAGCCAUUUAUUAAGCUGUGUUAGCUGGAUCCAGGGAGCUGAACCCUGUGACUCUGUGGGGAAUGAAGGGCAUUGAAAGCCAUCUAUUAGGUCAUCCAACCUGCUUCUCAGAAGCCAAGUGAGGAUUAUUCCCCUCUAUUCCUUUCUGGUAUUGUUCUCCUGCUGUGAUUCUUUGUGUGCGUUCUUUCUCCUCCAAGCAUUGUUGUUUUCCUAAUCCCAUUUUAUGAUACACUGUGUAUCAGCUCAGAGGCUGCUGAAUCAUUCUGCUAUGAUGCUGUUUGACCAGCUUCCAACUUGAAGCACUAAUAGAAAGCAUUUCUUCUUUCACCCACUGCAAACAAAAAUCCCCAAACUGAAGGAAUGGCCUGGUUCCAGUUACACUGAACAAACACAAUUUAGAAUUAUUGGAGCAUUUAAUUUUUUAUAAGCCUAGAAUUUGGAAGUAUGUUGGGGUUCGAGGGCAUAUGUGGUGAGGAGACAAUUGAAAAUUACUGGAGCACUUUCCUUAGGAAGCACUUGGUAAGCAGUUCAAAGUGGCAUGAGGGAAAGCAAGGUAUCCAAAUCUCUGAGGCUACAUAUGCCUAAGAACUUCUUGAUUUUUUUUUUGUUUUAUUUCCUUAUUGGCAGCACUACUAGAAGCUGUCACACACUCUGAGCUUUAUUUAAAGGAAAUGUUCCAAACUCAUAAAAGAUACAUUUAGGAUGUCAUCUGUAUCUGCUUUUUAGACUCCUGAUGCCAAAUUGCCCCUUUCCAAACAUCUCCAUGUUCCAAACUAUCACCAUAAUGCUGGGGGGAGGAAAAGUUGCAAUUCACAUUUGGGAAGGUUAUGAGCAGGAAGGCAAUGUUAUAAAUAAAGUGUUAACAUGAGGCUGGGGGCUGCUUCUGCAGCCCCUCCCAGAAACUGCUUGCUUGAGGGACUGUGGGGCUCUGUUCACAUUUUCCUUCCAGCUGACACAAUUACUUCUUCUCACCUGCUUGUCAUCACCUGUUGGAAGCUUUGCCCUCCUCUGAUCUGCCUGCUUGGUUGCUGGUAUGAUCCUUCCCCACCGUUUAAGCUGCAGCUGUAGCUUUGCUAAAUUAGACCCAUUUAUUUGGAGUGCACCAGCAGUGAGGAGGGAUUUCCACCGGUCAUGCUCACAAACAGCCAGGAGCAGGGUGGGGGCUGUAAUGACCAGCUGCUUCUGCUGCAGCUAAAGAAGGUUGCAAAAUAGCCCAUUCAGCAUAGCACUUCUCCAGUUUUACAGCCACAGCUCCAUCCUCAGAGCCCUUUCUUCACUUGUCAAUGGACUCGACUGGAUCAAAGAUUUUGGAUCUGACUCUGUGCAGUAGUGAGGCCUCUGGGUUUUUCUUCCAUAGAGCUAGGUCAGAGAUAGGUUAAGGCUCAGCUCUUAACCCCCAAAUUUAGAAAAAUAUUCCUUAUUCCUCUCAGUUAUUUGAUUUAGGAUCAGAGAGAGAAUCCAAAGUAUAUGCAAAGCUCUAUGACCUCCUACAGAUAGCAGCC